UAAUAACUUCUUCCUUCACGCGGAACGAGAGUGUGCUCAUUCACACCCGUCCUCACCUCGUCUUUCCCUUUUCUUCAAUCUGCAGAAAUGGCUGCUUUCGCGAUGCGAUUUGUCGUUGUUCUCCUCACAUUUGUAACAGUAGGAAUGAUAAUCGGAGCUCUGAUGCAGUUGGAAUUCAUUAAGAAGCUUGAUGAUUCAUAUGGGGCCAAGUUUUCAUUGACAAGACUUAGAGGUUUGAGGGGAGGAGCCUAUUGGGGUGACCAAGAAGAUGUAAUGUUGCGGAUUGGAUAUGUUAAACCUGAAGUAAUAAACUGGUCACCUCGCAUUAUUCUGUUUCAUAACUUCUUAAGUGCUGAGGAAUGUGAUUAUCUUAGAGCCAUUGCCAAACCCCAUCUAGUGGUUUCUACUGUUGUGGACAUGAAAACUGGAAAGGGUGUUAAAAGUAAAGUUAGAACAAGUUCUGGCAUGUUUCUGAGUUCUAGAGACAGGAAAUAUCCAAUAAUACAGGGAAUUGAGAAGCGAAUUUCUGUAUACUCUCAAAUACCAGUAGAAAAUGGAGAGCGCAUACAAGUGUUGAGGUAUGAAAAGAAUCAGCUAUAUCGGCCACACCAUGACUACUUCUCGGAUCCGUUUAAUUUAAAGUUUGGUGGUCAAAGAGUUGCAACCAUGCUCAUGUAUCUGAGCGAUGGUGUCGAGGGGGGAGAAACAUACUUCCCAAAGGCUGGAUCUGGUCAGUGCAGCUGUGGGGGCAGAACAGUCACAGGAUUAUGUGUGAAGCCAAUUAAAGGAAGCGCCGUGCUAUUCUGGAGCAUGGGGCUCGAUGGACAGUCGGAUCCAAGAAGCCUGCAUGGCGGAUGUGAAGUAUUGUCGGGGGAGAAGUGGUCCGCGACAAAGUGGAUGAGACAAAAUGCCACAAGCUAAGUAAAAAUUUUGUGAGUCCAUUUUAACCUACAUUGGAAUAUUGCAUUAAAAAUCCUUGCUUGGAAGCAUGCAUCGGCUUAGCUUUAGCUUGAAUGAAAUCAAUUAUUUGUGGUGGAUUUACAAUAUACGAUAUGAUCUGUGGCCUAAUCCGACAAUUUAUUGUGAAAAUUACAUCACAGAUAAUAUAAUGUUUGGAUUGGGGAUUAUGGUUUGGUUUGUAUUCGAUGAUGAUGGCCGAUGGGGACUUUAUGUAGAGUUUGCCGUAUCCGUGUAUAUAAUAAUUAAUUAAUAUUUCAUGAA